AUGUCGUCUUCCCGGGAGGUCCGCCUCCUGGCAGACGACUUCCUCGGAGUCCCGGUGUGGGUGAUCAUCGAUGGAAAUGCAGGUGACCCCUUUGCUAUUGCUCGGUUUCCUGAUCUUGAUGGUGUCCCCCUAUUCUCAAAUAGUGAGGAAUCUGAUGCUGUGCAAUUGGAUGCUGAGCAAUCUGAUGCUGAGCAAUCCGAUGCUGAGCAACCCAAUGCUGAGCAAUCCGAUGCUGAGCAAUCCGAUGUUGAGCAAUCGGAUGCUGAACAAUCGGAUGCUGAGCAAUCGGAUGCUGAGCAAUCGGAUGCUGAGCAAUCGGAUGCUGAGCAAUCAGAUGCUGAGCAAUCCGAUGCUGAGGAGUAUGAUGAGGUAACUGAUAGUUCAGAGUGGACAGGUAGUAAUGAAAGUGUUUCUGAGGACUCUGGGUACAGCAGCAUGUACUCUGAGGAAGACGACGACCAUAUUCCACCUGAGUUUCCUCCUCAUCCUCCUCAACAGCACAUCGCACCCCCAGAGGGAGACCUUCCUGACCGGCCACAGUUUGUGGUUUGUUUAGGAAGGAUCUCUCCAUUUGGCCUCUGGGAUCUUCAGGAGAGCUUUGCAGAGGACUCUGAUUCCUCAGCUUCCGUCCCUAGCUCCUCCCAAAAGAGGAGCAGGGAGGACAGCGACGGGGAUCAGCCCUCUGCAAAGAGGCCGAGGGAGAGCUGUGAGGAGAGCCCUGGAGAGGAGCAGUCCUUUCCAGACUCGACUCCCUCAACCUCUGGCUUGAAGAGCAGGUGUGACGUCAUUGACCUCACUGUGAAGAGACCGAGGUGGGACGAUGGCAGCAACUCUGACUAAACUUGUCAACUCCUUCAUGCUGCAGGAUCUGACAACUUUAGAUCGGACAACUUUAGUUGCAUAAACCAUCAGUCAUGAACUUCAGCAACAGGAAGGGGCUGAAUGUUGCUUCUCCAGAUGUGACUGUUUUCCAUCUGGAGAUAAUUAUUUCUUCAUUUGUAUACAUGUAUAUUUCUAUGUCUAACCUUUUGAGUCUUACAGGACUGGUGAGCCUCGGGUAGGUCUUGCAGCAGGGCUUUCCUUCAUCUGGUCCCUGGAUCAACUUUUGAAAACUUGCAUCUGUCAUGAUUCUGAGUGGACGUCCACAGAGCUUGAGUUGGUGACCCACGCGAUCCAGUCCAGAGGACCAGAAAUGGUUCCCCCAACGUGUGAAUCCCGGUUCCAGUCUGUCUCCUUUACAUCCGUCCACAUGACAGAAGGUGGAACCAGGAUUCACACGAUGUGCGAAAAAGGUUUCCAUGGCGAUGAAGAGCUCCCAGCCAGAUGACAGCAGCUGUUAAGACAAACAACAUGAAGUAAGUCCAAAGUCACGAUGAGCUAAAGAUAACACCAUCAAGUGUAUUUAAACGAUUUUUGUGACAUUAUAGAAAAUAUUCCUGACUGUUUUUUGCUUUAGGUCAUGAUUCUGAGUGGACGUCCACAGAGCUUGAGAUGGUGACCCAUGUGAUCCAGUCCAGAGGACCAGAAAUGGUUCCACCGACGUGUGAAUCCAGGUUCCAGUCUGUCUUCUUUACAUCCGUCCACAUGACAGAAGGUGGAACCAGGAUUCACACGAUGUGCGAAAAAGGUGAGUUAGUGAUUCUGUUCUGAACGUGUCCUACAAUAAUCUCAGAUUAAACUGUAGAGAAAGUGUGUAUGCUAGCUAGAAAUGUUGUUCAUUUACUGUCAGAGUCACUGACACAGUUUUUCUUCUUUGACUUCUUCGUUUCACUGAGGUGAUCAUGACUGAGAUGACACACGGCCGUCGGCCUGAAGGACAAGCGAGGUGGACCACAGAGACCCAACUUCUGUUGUACAUCCAAGGUUUCCAUGGCGAUGAAGAGCUCCCAGCCAGAUGACAGCAGCUGUUAAGACAAAGAACAUGAAGUAAGUCCAAAGUCACGAUGAGCUAAAGAUAACACCAUCAAGUGUAUUUAAAUGAUUUUAUGUGACAUUGUAGAAAAUAUUCAUGGCUGUUUUUGGACUUUAGGUUAUGACUCUGAGUGGACAUCCACCAGACUCCAGCUGGAUAAAACGAGCUCCUGAUGGUGGACGUCCCAGGAAGCUUCAGCAGCACCACCGUCCCCUGAACACACCCCUGCACCAAACCUGCUCCUAGACUCUAAACCAGGGAUUCAACCCACCGCGAUGAUGAAGAGCACAGCUGCACACAUGAAGCACAAAGACCCUCUGAACAUCUGCUGGCCUCCGUCUGCAGACAUCACUAGGCUUUACAGAGACACUGCUUUGGAUGAGACCUUCACCUCACGCCGCCUCAGAACGGUGAGGAAGAUCCUGGAGGACUCAUCUGCUCACCGUGCGCUUGAACUGCGGUCAGGCCGACGUUACCGAACAAUCCAAACCAGGACCGCCACAUCUUUUACACAACAGUCAGAACUGUAAAAAACAUGUUAAAACUCAGCUUAACGUCUGUGUUUAACAUCAUGUGUGUAAAACUGCUCAUUUUAAAAUGGUUUCAUGUUACUUUAACUUGUUUCUUAAUGCUGUGCAUUUAACUUAACUUGUGUUAACAUGUGUGUAUGAAAUGCUUUCAAAGUACCAUCAUG